AUGCAGUGCAUAGGGGAUAUCAGUGAAGAAGUCUGGCAAGACUGCAUCACCCUCUUCCUACAGACUGGGAUGUGCUGUGAUGCAGCGAUAAUAACCAAUUCCCCACCUUGGUUGUUGGCUUCUUAUCCUGAAGGAAAUCUGUUCCAACUGACCCAGGAAGAAAUUAAGAUCUUGCUGGUGAGAGAAGGGAGAGAGAAGUUGUUUCUUCAGGGAAUCACCCUUGCAGGGACCAAAUGUUUGUUGAUCCGGGACAACCUAUACACUGAGGGCAACAACACCAUGGAUCUCCGCACCAAAGGCCAGAGUUGGGGCAGCCAAGCAGUGACAGUAGUUCAGGUCGAGUCUGUAUACCUUGUGGUGAUGGGACAAAAAGGAACAGAAGGAGGGCCUCUCAACUUCAAGGCUUUUGAGAUGGCGGGUUGUGUCAAAGAGGCCAUUCAUCAACAUAUGGCCCAUUUCUAA